GUAGCAUGGCGGACACCGACCUGUUUAUGGAAUGUGAGGAGGAGGAGCUGGAACCAUGGCAGAAGAUCAGUGAUGUCAUUGAGGACUCUGUAGUUGAAGAUUAUAAUUCAGUGGAUAAAACUACUACAGUUUCUGUGAGCCAGCAGCCAGUCUCGGCUCCAGUGCCCAUCGCUGCCCAUGCUUCUGUUGCUGGGCACCUCUCUACAUCCACCACCGUUAGUAGCAGCGGGGCACAGAACAGCGACAGUGCCAAGAAGACUCUUGUCACACUAAUUGCCAACAACAAUGCUGGAAAUCCUCUGGUCCAGCAAGGUGGACAGCCACUCAUCUUGACCCAGAAUCCAGCCCCAGGUUUGGGCACAAUGGUUACUCAACCAGUAUUGAGGCCUGUUCAGGUCAUGCAGAAUGCCAAUCACGUGACUAGUUCCUCUGUGGCCUCACAACCAAUAUUCAUCACUACACAGGGAUUUCCUGUAAGGAAUGUCCGGCCUGUGCAGAAUGCAAUGAAUCAGGUUGGGAUUGUGCUGAAUGUACAACAAGGCCAAACGGUUAGACCAAUUACUCUAGUCCCAGCCCCAGGUACUCAGUUUGUUAAGCCGACAGUUGGAGUCCCACAGGUGUUCUCUCAGAUGACCCCAGUGAGGCCAGGCUCCACAAUGCCUGUGAGGCCUACCACCAACACCUUCACCACCGUUAUCCCAGCCACUCUUACCAUUCGAAGCACCGUCCCACAGUCCCAGUCCCAGCAGACCAAGUCCACUCCCAGCACCUCCACCACUCCCACCGCCACACAACCGACCUCACUGGGGCAACUAGCUGUUCAGCCACCAGGCCAGUCCAACCAGACCUCGAAUCCCAAACUAGCUCCCUCCUUCCCCUCUCCACCUGCAGUGAGCAUUGCCAGCUUCGUCACUGUCAAGCGACCUGGGGUUACAGGUGAAAAUAGCAAUGAAGUAGCCAAACUGGUGAAUACCCUUAACACCAUCCCUUCCUUGGGCCAGAGUCCUGGGCCAAUGAUGGUAUCCAACAACAGCCCAGCUCAUGCCUCUCAAAGAACCAGCGGAACUGAUUCUUCAAUGAAAGUGACCUCUCCCAUUCCAGUGUUUGAUCUCCAGGAUGGUGGACGGAAAUCCUGUCCACGGUGUAACGCUCAAUUCCGUAUUACUGAAGCUUUGAGAGGUCAUAUGUGUUACUGUUGCCCAGAAAUGGUUGAAUACUUGAAGAAAGGAAAGUCUCUGGAUUCAGAACCCAGUGUCCCAUCAGCAGCAAAGCCCCCAUCCCCUGAAAAAACAGCUCCUGUUGCUUCCACACCCUCUUCCACACCUAUUCCUGCUCUGUCACCACCUACCAAAGUACCUGAGCCAAAUGAAAAUGUGGGUGAUGCAGUCCAGACCAAGCUUAUUAUGCUAGUGGAUGAUUUCUACUAUGGACGGGAUGGUGGCAAAGUAGCCCAGCUUACAAAUUUCCCUAAGGUCGCCACAUCUUUCCGAUGCCCACAUUGUACCAAAAGGCUAAAAAACAAUAUUCGAUUCAUGAACCAUAUGAAACACCAUGUAGAACUCGAUCAGCAGAAUGGUGAAGUGGAUGGUCAUACUAUUUGCCAACACUGUUAUCGCCAAUUUUCCACACCAUUUCAGCUCCAGUGCCACUUGGAAAAUGUUCAUAGUCCCUAUGAAUCGACUACCAAGUGCAAGAUCUGUGAGUGGGCAUUUGAGAGUGAGCCACUAUUUCUCCAGCAUAUGAAGGAUACUCAUAAGCCUGGAGAGAUGCCUUAUGUUUGCCAGGUGUGUCAGUAUCGCUCCUCACUCUACUCUGAGGUUGAUGUUCAUUUUCGGAUGAUCCAUGAGGAUACCAGGCAUCUGCUCUGCCCUUAUUGUCUGAAGGUCUUCAAAAAUGGCAAUGCAUUCCAGCAACAUUACAUGAGACACCAGAAGAGGAAUGUUUAUCACUGCAACAAAUGCCGGCUGCAGUUUCUCUUUGCCAAGGACAAGAUUGAACACAAGCUUCAGCACCAUAAAACCUUUCGUAAACCCAAACAGCUGGAAGGCUUGAAACCAGGCACCAAGGUGACAAUCCGGGCUUCUAGAGGGCAGCCACGAACUGUUCCUGUAUCUUCCAAUGAUACACCUGCCAGCGCCUUGCAGGAGUCAGCACCGCUGACCUCUUCAACAGACCCUCUGCCUGUCUUCCUUUAUCCCCCUGUCCAGCGCACCAUCCAGAAGAGAGCUGUUAGGAAAAUGAGUGCCAUGGGCCGCCAGACAUGUCUGGAGUGCAGCUUUGAGAUCCCAGAUUUCCCUAAUCACUUCCCCACUUACGUACACUGCUCUCUGUGUCGCUAUAGUACCUGCUGCUCUCGAGCCUAUGCCAACCACAUGAUCAACAAUCAUGUUCCAAGGAAGAGCCCCAAGUAUUUGGCUUUGUUUAAAAAUUCUGUGAGUGGAAUCAAACUGGCCUGCACGUCAUGUACCUUUGUUACCUCUGUGGGAGAUGCCAUGGCCAAGCAUUUAGUAUUCAACCCCUCACACAGAUCCAGCAGCAUCCUGCCGCGGGGACUUACUUGGAUAGCUCACUCAAGGCAUAGCCAGACCCGUGACCGAACACAUGACCGGAACUUGAAGAAUAUGUACCCACCUCCUUCCUUCCCUCCCAACAAAGCUGCCACUGUGAAAUCUACGGGGACCACCCCAGCUGAGCCUGAAGAGCUCCCAGCUGCCAAGGCCCAGGCACUCCCAUCACCAGCUUCAACUGCAACCCCACCACCCACCCCCACUCACCCUCAGCCUUUAGCCCUUCCCCCUUUGACUACAGAGGAGACUGGAUGUCUGAAUGUUGAUGACCAGGAUGGAGGGAGCCCAGUCACCCAGGAACCUGAGCCAGCAUCAGGUGGGGGUAGCAGCAGUGGAGUUGGUAAGAAGGAGCAGCUGUCUGUGAAGAAGCUUCGAGUAGUACUGUUCGCCCUAUGCUGCAAUACAGAACAGGCAGCUGAACACUUCCGAAACCCCCAGCGACGAAUUCGGCGUUGGCUUCGGCGCUUCCAGGCCUCCCAGGGAGAGAAUCUAGAAGGCAAAUAUUUGAGCUUAGAAGCAGAAGAGAAACUGGCUGAGUGGGUGCUGACUCAACGUGAGCAGCAGCUACCUGUAAAUGAGGAGACCUUGUUUCAGAAGGCCACCAAAAUAGGACGUUCUUUGGAGGGGGGUUUUAAGAUCUCCUAUGAGUGGGCUGUGCGAUUCAUGCUACGGCACCACCUGACUCCCCAUGCCCGGCGAGCUGUGGCCCACACCCUACCCAAGGAUGUGGCUGAGAACGCAGGACUCUUCAUUGAAUUUGUGCAGCGGCAGAUUCACAACCAGGACUUACCCUUGUCUAUGAUUGUGGCUGUUGACGAGAUCUCUUUGUUCCUGGAUACAGAAGUGCUGAGCAGUGAUGACCGAAAGGAGAAUGCCCUGCAGACAGUGGGCACGGGGGAGCCUUGGUGUGACGUGGUGCUGGCCAUCCUGGCAGAUGGCACUGUCCUCCCCACCCUGGUUUUCUACCGAGGGCAAAUAGAUCAGCCUGCUAACGUGCCCAACUCUAUAUUGCUAGAGGCAAAGGAGAGUGGCUACAGUGAUGAUGAGAUCAUGGAGCUUUGGUCAACCCGAGUGUGGCAGAAGCACACAGCUUGCCAGCACAGUAAAGGAAUGCUUGUGAUGGACUGUCAUCGCAAUCACUUGUCAGAAGAGGUACUGACUAUGCUUAGUGCCUCUAGCACUUUGCCUGCAGUGGUCCCAGCAGGCUGUAGCUCCAAAAUCCAGCCAUUAGAUGUAUGUAUCAAACGAACUGUCAAGAACUUCCUACAUAAAAAGUGGAAGGAGCAGGCUCGGGAAAUGGCAGAUACUGCAUGUGAUUCUGAUGUCCUGCUUCAGCUGGUGCUGGUCUGGCUGGGUGAAGUGCUGGGCGUCAUUGGGGACUGUCCAGAGCUAGUUCAGCGGUCCUUCCUUGUGGCUAGUGUUCUUCCUGGCCCUGAUGGUAACAUUAACUCACCUACAAGAAAUGCUGACAUGCAGGAGGAGCUAAUUGCUUCCCUAGAGGAGCAACUGAAGCUGAGUGGGGAACAGUCUGAGGAGCCCUCUGCUUCCACUCCCCGACCGAGAUCAUCUCCUGAAGAGACAAUUGAGCCAGAAAGCCUUCACCAGCUCUUUGAGGGUGAAAGUGAAACCGAGUCUUUCUAUGGCUUUGAAGAAGCUGACCUAGAUCUGAUGGAGAUCUGAGUGCUGGGCUGGGAGGGGGUGUGGCGUUGGGGUAGGAAUGUGUGGGAGAGGGUAGAGGGAUUUAGGGAAAAGGAAGUAUACCAGGGUGGGGUAUUUGAUUUAUAUUUUUAAAUUUUAUGCCACCACUCCGCUGAUGUUGACUUAUUCUUCUCUGUGGAUUUGUGUACUAUUAGAAAAACUGGUAGUAAUACGUCUGAGCUGAGGAGCUGGCCCACUUAUGCUAAAAACAGGUUUUUGUGACUUUAAAAAAAAAAAAAAAAUCAAAUCACUGUGUUUGGUAUUUUUCUGACAAAAUCAAGAAGAAAAAAAUCCUUCGUGGGUGAAUGUUAAAAGUUUUGAGUUUCCCCUCUUACCUCAAUUGUAUCAUAGUACUUCCGAGUUUUUUGUUUUACUGUGUGGCCAAUGUCUUUGGGCAUGAUGCUAUCUAACCAUUGUCAAUGUGAGAACAUUUCUGAAGACGGGAAAGACAAAUAUGUAGCUCAUAAACUGGUUUAUUAUAUAUAUAUAUAUAUAUAUAUAUAUAUAUGGGUAAAAAAAAUUCAUUGUGGUCUUAACACUUUUAUAUAAAAAUGAAAAUGGAAAAAAAAUCCCACUGAACUUUCUUUUCCUUCUCCUUUUCUUUCCUUCCCUCUCCAGAGAUGUUGGUUUCUGCAACAACUCUAGAUAUAAAAUUGUUGGCUUUAAAAAUGCAUGAAAUCACCUUUAAUCAUCCAGAAUGAUGAGUAGAUUCAUCUUUCCUCACCACUCUCCUCCCUCCCAACACAACAUAACCUUUGACCCCUUGUCCCUUCCCCCAUUCUCUCACCAUCGCUCUGGACAAAGGAUCAUACCUGUGUCAGUCAUUAGCAAGAAAGAGUAUUGAAGGGAUCAGUGUUAGGGUGAAAGCCAUUUCCAACUUAAAUGGGUCUUCAUCCUGCAAGCUCCCAGGGAUAAUCCCUACUUCGUUGAACUUUACCCUGUUCAGGGGACAAAAGAUCACAUGUCCUACAGCCAGGAGCUAAUUGUGCAAGAGGUCAAGUGUUGAACUUUAAAAAGACAAACUACUUGUUGAAGUCCUGCUUUUACCCUGUGGCUUUCCUAUAUUCCUCUUGGCGCUUAGAGGAGAAUCUCAUAUGAAGAAACACACUGGGGUGUGCAUAGAGAAAGACAUGAAUCUUUAUUUUUCACUGCCAGCUUCAAGGAAAGAAAAUUUUUUCUACAAUUUGCAUGUAAGGGAUUUUUUUAAAUUGUAUGUACUUACGGUUAUGAACUGAAAUGUACUGUAACAUACAGAGAAAAGGAGCAAAAAACGAAGGCCACCUUUCCCAUGGCUAUACCACUCUUCUGUCCAUCCUGAAGCUUUCAGCGUUUCCCUCCUGUGAGCCAAGGAAAGGCAACCUACAUAGGCUUGUAAAUUGUUCAUCUUUAAAAUGUACGUAAGUGGAACAUUUAAUAAAAUGAGGGGAAAUGGAUUUAUAAACAAUGUUUUUUCCUAGGUGACCCUGUUUAAUAGGCUUUCACAGACUGGGGGAUGUUCAAGAUGUGAUGGGCCUAGUGGUACAGGUGUGAUAUUUGUUAUCACUUGUUCCCCCACCACCCUGCCCUUUUUUUUUUUCAAUGCCCAGCACACUAUAAUAUAGUGAACUGGAGUGAUCGCUCCCAGAAACAGCUUGGUCAGCUUUGUGUGAAUCCAUGGCAUCUGAAAACUGAACCGAGGAUCAAUCUGGGCUUUUCCCCAGUUUUUUGCCUGAUGCCAUAAGGACUUUCAAGUCAACCCUUUGCCUUUGAGGAAGUUCAAGAACUAUUGCUUGGUCAACUCCAUCAACAAAGGACCUAAUCACUCUGGUAGUCUCCACAGCCUUAGCAGAGCUGGGUUCCUGGCCUCUGCACACUGUAUGACUUUCUUGUGGGUGGGUAAUUUUUUUACAGACCAUAAUACCAACAGUGGAUCAGCUGGGUUUUGGCCAGAAGUUACCUUUGUGGACUCUGCCUGCAUGGCUUAGUAGUAGAAGGAAGUUUUUUUGUUUUGUUUUUUUUUUAUAAUUCAGUUUAAUCAAUAAACCAAGUAUUUAUUGACU